AUGACAAGCAUACUACCCAAGCAAUCAAUUUAUAUCGGAGCGAAAGCGCCAAACUUUCAAUCAAUGACAUCUAUGGGAGCAAUAGACUUCUAUCAGUAUACGCAGGGAAAAUGGUGUAUAUUCUUUUCUCAUCCAGCAGAUUUCACCCCCAUCUGUACUACUGAAAUAGGUGCGUUUGGUGCACUACAAGACGAAUUUACUGCCCGUGAUUGUGUGUUAUUGGGUUUAUCAACAAAUGAUAAAGCUUCACACUUGAAGUGGAUCCAAGAUAUUGAAUCAAUUACAGGAAUUAGUAUAAAUUUUCCUAUCAUCUGCGAUGAAGAGAAAAAAGUGGCAACUCAGUUCUCCAUGAUAGAUUUGCAUGCAUUAACUACAGGUAAACCGCAGCUUAUACCACUUAGAACUGUCUAUAUCAUAGAUCCAAAUAAAAUUGUCAGACUGAUACAAAUAUACCCAUUGUCUACAGGUAGAAAUACGGCUGAGAUUCUUCGGUGUUUGGAUUCGUUACAGCUAGUAUACAAAACUAAUGGAAAGAUUAUGACACCUAUUAAUUGGAUUCCUGGAGAUGAUAUUGUAGUAGUUCCAGAUGUUAAAAGUGAUGAGAUGUUCCCUAAAAAACGGACAAUUAGGGACUAUCUACAACUCUCACCGUUGGAUCCCAAUAGCGUAUAG